UGUCUGUGUGUGUUUUUCCUCUGAGCUCACUGGAUCACUGUCUCCUGCUCAGCGGACAAACAGGAAGAAGAGGAAUGUGUAUUUCCUUUCAGGACAUCUCGGAGUUAUUUAUGAGAGAGAAGUGUGAAACUUUUUGGUUUUACUUGUUGCUGCUGGAACCCUCUGGAAAUAGGAGGGAGUUUGAAGGAUAAUGCAGUUGUAUCGCCUCAGUGAGGAGUCACAUGCCUGGAUUCAGGAGUAGAGAUAGAGCUGAUCUAGAAGCGGAUUUACUUUCUUCCUUUCUUUGUCUUUUUUUUUUUUUAACUGGCACUGUGGUGUCUGUUUGUGUCUCUGAGAGGCUGACUUCACUGUGUUUUUUACACGGCGCUCCAAAUGUUUUAUUGUUCUCAGACAAAUGAGCGAUCUGAAUGGCUCACAUACAGCCUCGGGGUCCGAUGGUGUCAGGAGGACGCUCAGGCUGCUGCUGGGCCCGAAAGUGAUCUUCUUCACACUUGAGCUCAAUCCGCUGCGGACGGCUAACAUCUGGGAGCGUAUUUCUGAGACUCUUGCCUGUGUUUUGUUUGUGCGUGGGAUGAGAGUGACCAGACAGGAGGGAGGAGUAAAAUGUGCAGCUGCAGAGGAUCACCCGCAGGAGCCGCUCAUCUAAAAACAAUUUGCAACUCUGGUAUUAUUUCAAAGAGUAAAUUUACAGAAGCGUGGCAUUGAGUUUUUGUCUGACUUUUUAUGUCGGUUUCUGCUAUAAGGCAGAAUCAAUUCCUCUUGUGGUGGCUGUGCAUUCUCAACCUUGAUACAUUCACAUAGCUUCACCAAUGGCGUCCUUGUGUGGACAGGAAACUGGUUUCCAUGGCGAUCAGUCCUGUAACGAUGAGAGUCCAGUUGCGAUCUCCUCCUUUGGCUCACAGUUAGAGUCUGACUGCAUUGAUGGAGGAGGCAAUUAUGACGUAAUGAACAAUGCUGUGAUUUCCACACCUGGGGCACAGAGCAACAAAACCCAAAAUGUGUCUUUAAAGCAAAGCUGGGAGAUGAACUACCAAGAGGCAGCCAUAUACCUGCAGGAAGGAGAGAACAAUGACAAGUUUUUCAGUCACCCUCGAAACCCAAAAGCACUGGCGGCGUACCUGUUUGCCCACAAUCACCUGUUCUACAUGAUGGAGCUGGUGACGGGUCUGCUGCUGCUGAUGCUGUCGCUGUGUGAAGCUCCCGCUGUCCCCUCGCUGCGCCUGGACGUCUAUGUUCAUGCCACUCUGGAGCUGCUGGCUUUGCUUCUGGUGGCAUUUGAGCUCUGCAUGAAACUUCGCUGGCUCGGCUUCCACACCUUUAUACGACACAAGAGGACCAUGGUGAAGGCGUGUGUGCUGCUGCUGCAGUUUGUGGAGGCCAUCGUGGUUCUGAUCAGACAGACAUCUCACAUGCGAGUGACCCGAGCUCUGAGACCGAUAUUCCUGGUGGACUGCAGAUACUGCGGUGCUGUGCGCAGAAACUUGCGUCAGCUCUUCCAGUCUCUCCCAUCUUUCAUUGACAUCCUCCUGCUCCUGCUUUUCUUCAUGGUCAUAUUUGCCAUCUUGGGUUUCUGUCUCUUCUCUACAAACACAGCUGACCCGUACUUCAGCUCUUUGGAGAACAGCCUCGUCAGCCUGUUUGUGUUGCUUACCACAGCAAAUUUUCCUGAUGUGAUGAUGCCAGCGUACUCUAAGAACCGCUGGUCCUGCGUGUUCUUCAUCGUCUACCUUUCCAUAGAGCUCUACUUCAUCAUGAACCUGCUCCUCGCCGUUGUGUUUGACACAUUUAAUGACGUGGAGAAGAUGAAGUUUAAGUCUCUGUUGCUUCAUAAACGCUCUGCUAUUGACCACGCCUUCCAGCUGCUGGUUAGCCGACAGAGGCCGAUGGGUGUGUCUCUGAAACAGUUUGAUGGUUUGAUGCGAUUCUACAGGCCUCGAAUGUCUGCAAGAGACCGUUUUCUCACAUUUAAAGCUCUGAAUACAUCAGGGGCUCCAAAACUUAGCCUGCAAGACUUUUAUAAGUUUUAUGAGGUCAUUGGAUUAAAAUGGAAGCCGCGACGAAGUCGAGAACACUGGUUUGACGAUCUUCCUCAAACAGCCUUCCUCAUUUUCAAGGGCAUCCACCUGGUGGUGAAGUCUAAGGCCUUCCAGUACGCCAUGUAUGUGGUGGUGGCCAUUAACGGUGUGUGGAUCCUCGUGGAGACGUUCAGAAUGAACAGUGGAUACUCUUGGUCUGAAUCCGUUCCUGUGAGUUACAUCGUUUUCCUGACGAUUUACGGUGUGGAAGUGCUGCUGAAAAUAGCGGGUUUGGGGCCAUUGGCUUAUUUCAGCUCCGGCUGGAACCUGUUUGACUUCUCUGUGACUGUGUUCGCCUUCUUGGGGUUGAUCGCUCUGGCUUUCAAAAUGGAGCCAUUCUACUUCAUUGUAGUUCUUCGACCAUUCCAGUUGCUCCGACUGUUCAAGAUAAAGCUGCGGUACCGCAACGUGUUGGACACCAUGUUUGAGCUCUUCCCCAGGAUGGCCAGUCUGGGCCUGACUUUAAUCAUCUUUUAUUACUCCUUUGCCAUAGUGGGUAUGGAGUUCUUUGCAGAUGUGGUUUUCCCAAACUGCUGCAACACCAGCACAGUGGCAGAUUCCUACAGACAGAUCAACAAAACAUUUGGCAACAAAACAGUGUUGGAUGAAGGCUAUUAUUAUCUCAACAAUUUUAACGACAUCCUCAGCAGCUUUGUGACGCUGUUUGAGCUGACAGUGGUCAACAACUGGUACAUCACCAUGGAAGGAGUGACGUCUAUGACGAGCCACUGGAGCCGCCUGUACUUCAUGACUUUUUACAUUGUUACGAUGGUUGUGAUGACAAUCAUUGUGGCUUUCAUCCUGGAUGCUUUUGUGUUCCGCAUGAACUACAGUCGCAAGAACCGGGACUCCGUGGACAAUCCAGAGGAUGAAAAUGGGAUAGUGUUCGAUGUAGAGGUGAGGAGAGAUGAAGCGUUGACCACCCUGGAGUUGUACAAACAGACAUCGCCGACACUGUCUUCGCUCAGCUCUCUGGCUGCUGUCCUGCAAGCUAUGGACAAGAGUGGGCACACAUUUCUGGUUUACUUGGGACGAAGAUCAAGAACAAAGAGUGACCUUAGUAUGAAAAUGUACGAGGAGGAAAUACAGGAGUGGUAUGCAGAGUAUUCAAGGGAAGGUUUGCCUCAAGAAGAUGAAAACCUAAACCUGGAUCACAACAGUCCCGUCACCAAUCCGGCUCCCAUCCAAGAACGUCAGCUAAACUCACAGAGAGAGCGUCACAGCAUCAACUAAAAACGACUGUAGUGAGAUGUAUAUGCACGUGAUCUCAACAGAGGAAACCUCAGCACCUCCAGUUCCCUCAACCUCACCAUAAUACCCAUCGUGGGGGUAUAAAAAUCUGGAGCCUCUUGAACUGAAGUUGGCGAGAGAAAAUGACGCUGUUUUCUUCCCUGAGCUGAUUGAAGUGUUGAUACACUUUCAAGUGUCCCCUAAGCAAGCUACUACCAUUUCUUUGCGUAUUUAACAAUUAUAAAUUAAAUCUGUUGCCUUAGUUUAACAGUUUCUCUGAUUAGUAUUAACACACAGUACUUAUGUUAUGUACUUUGAUCAAGAGAACACUAAACACUCCUUAAAGAUCAGUCCAACCACUUACCAUGUAAAAGUUUUCUCCUAAAUGACUCAGCAGGUUCCGAUAUUUUAUAUAAGCUCUCAAUCUGUAAUGUACUUGAAAGUAACAGCAGAUUUUAAUAAACUAUUCAAAUAAUGAAACACA